AUGGACACGAAAAAGCUGAAAAAAGAGCAUUCCAGGCUGGGAUAUCUGAACUUUACAGCACUGGAGCUUGAAGAGUUCAUUGGAGACAUCAACCAAAGAAGCAGCCCUGACGCUCCCAUAGUGGAUCGAGUAUACGCGCACGCGAUGAGUGAUUGUAUCAACAUAAUCGAAGAUGGAGUCAAGAAAAUGAAGUUGCUGCCAUACAAAGACGAAACCAAGAAGGAGUGGGCUGUGUUUAAAAUGACGAUAGCUGAGAGACUCCAGUGGCUGUCCAGCAUGUGGGAUCGACUCUCUGAUGCCACUAAGAAAUUCAAGGAGGAGACGGACGAGCUGCUGUCCAGGGCCGAGGCUUUAUCAGCACAGUCCAAUUCUGCAUGA